UGAGUAACACACAAAUACACAAUCGACAUUUAUUUUUCUUGGUUCUUAUCGUGGUACAGCUUACAAAUUAAAAAAUACCAACUAAAUAUUGUUAUUAGGAUUUUUGUAUUUCUUGCCGAUCGAAUAAAACAAUCAUUAUUAUAAGUCGUCUUAAAGUAACAAGUAUCCCCCGCUGGUGUUUGGUGUCUUCUGUUGAGCAUUUCAUUGAACUACACAAUCGACUGUGAUUCUUUGUUUCCAUUUCUCGAUUUUGCCAGAUAUCAACAUUUUUCAUAAUGGUUUGUGUUCCAUGUGUGCUUGUACCGUUGUUGCUCUUCUUAUGGGGUAUUAUCAAGCCUAUGUUAAACUGGUUCAGGACACCAGUAGAAAAUUCUGAAGACCAAAAUAACACUGGCGAUGAUCAAGUUUGUUCAUUGCUGUCAUCUUGCCCGUGCAUCAAUAAAAACAUAAAAUCAUCCACGGAUCAAGCAGAAAACAAGAUGAACAAGAGUGGAACAUUACUUAAAGAACCACUCGAAACAUCUGAUACCAACAAAAAAGACCUUUAAAUGCGCUAUUACUUUAAUUAUAAGAACAUAAAAUGAUUUUUAUUAUAGCUGUGGUUGAUUGUUGAUGGUUCUAUUAGUUUAUACAAUCAUUUUUAUUUAAUACAAUGUUAUAAUCUAUAUUUUAAUGUCUUCUGCUUAUUCAAUCAUAGACGCAAUAAACUGUUUUAAGUUAGAAUCAACAAAUUUCACUAAAAAUGGUAUUUUAGAUUAGUCAGAAGUUUAAAUAUAAUUUGUUAUUGAAUCUAUCAGUUUAUUUUUACAGAAGACUAUUUUACCUGAAUUUUAUUUACCCUUUGUCAUGAUAUGUUACUUGUAAUCAUUGUAUUUAUUAUCAUUCCAUGAUCAUUGUAAUUACAUUCAAGAUCUUUUCAUUUUUUUAAAAAACCAACUUUUAAUUACAAUUCAAAUUUAAAACGAAUGUAAAAGAAAGAGUUUUACCUCUUUAUGUUUAUGUUUUUAGUUGUGUAUACAUGAUGGGAAAUAUAUUAAUAAUUGAAUUAAUAUUUCUCCGCUCAUAUUUAACAUAUCUUAAGCAUUUUUAUUGUUGAAUAGAAAUGUAAUUUGAAUAAUAAUUGUUUAAUUUUACCAUGAGCCAUUGACUUUCUUAAUGAAGUUAUUUUGAUGACACCUUACAUUUUAUUUUAAUUUAUUAUACAAUAAAUUCAUUAUUAUGGUAUUAACUGUUUAUUAGGUACUUAAAAUUUUUUAAUUUUUAAUAGUUUUUUAUAAUUUUAACAGUCAAUACAUUUGAAUCAAUUAUACACUAGUGUAAUCAGUAAGAGUAAUAAUUCACUAUGUAAUUUAUCACAUAUUGUUUUUAAUUUAUGUUUAAAAAGUGUAUUAUUAAUAAAAUUAUUAAAAAUGUA